UUUGGAAACUUCCCGUCAUUCCUUGUGUUUCCGGAAAUGGCGGCUGAUUGUUGUUUGUUAGUUCGAGCUUGAAAACAACAAAGAUUUUCAAAGGAAUAUUGGCAUUUCUGAAGCAAACCUCUGCUCACAUAAUGCCUUCUAAAGACAAGGGACCGUUACAGACUGCCCAGCGAGAAGGGGAUGAACUGAAGAGAAAGGUAGAUAACAUAAGUCAGGAAGCUCAGUCCCUCCUGGAUGAUACCACCAUCCCAGAGAGAACUACCAAGUUAUCUGACCUGUACAGGGAGUCCAUCAGUUUGAAGGAGACUGCAAACUCUUUGCAUAAAAAGGUGUCAGCCCUAAGAAAGGGAGAUGAGCCAAUCAAAAUACCAGACUUUGAUAGAAAGAAGAAAGAUGAAGUGAAACGGAUAGACGGACUCCGGGAUCAACUACAGAAACUGAUCAGCAAACUGGAGCCUGAUGAGGUAGAAGAAGAUUACUUCAGGAAAGUGCAGGAGAAGGGAGGAGCCCAGUCAGCUACAGAGACAGACGACACAGAGACUGGGGAGGAUUCAGAAGAGGAAACGGAUGAGGGAGAGUCAGAUGAUGAUGAGUCAGAGGAGGACUCUGAAGAAGAAAGUGAGGAAGAUGAUUCAGACGAAGAUGAAGAAGAUUCAGAAGAAGAGCAGGACACAACUGAAGUAAAAGAUCACACAUUGCAACAAUGGGAGGCCCUGUCUGACUUCAAGGGGGAACAAGAAGGUGACCUCAACUUCAAGAAAGGAGACAUCCUCAGUAUAGUGGAGAAUCGGUGUAUGACAAAUAUCAUGAAGUACACUCCCCAGAAGGUAACACUUAUUUGAGUUCCAGUCAAUUUUUACUUGAGUGAAGGAAAAAGAAGAUCUAGAUGCCUCAAAAGCACAUCAGUCACAGAUGUGUUGUCUGCCAUGGGAGGUAUCCCAUCAGGCUUCAGGCACUCCACACUCCAUAAGCUGUUAGAGGAGGAUGAGACCUACACCACAGGACACUACAUCUACCCCAAACUGAGUGAAUCUCACCUGUCAUUUAGGGACCUGCACUGGAACCCAACAGACUGUAAGAUCCGGUCCAAGACUGUCCGUAUCCAGAGAACAUUCACUCUGUGGAACUGCAAGGCGGUACCAGACACUGGGUCAGCCUUAGAUGUAAAGAGCCGGCAUGUCAGAGUAGCUCUCUUUGAUGGUGUCAAGGUUCUAAGUAACAUUCACACAGUCCAGGCCAAGUGGCUUGAGAAGGAACCAAAGACCUGGACCUUCAACCCAAGGGUACAGGGAAUGCUGCCAAGUAUUCUGGAUGGAGAAUGUUUUGUCAGAUCAAACAACAUGGAGCAGAACAUAGGUCUACUCUUUGAAUUGGGUGUCACCUAUGUCAGAACGAAAACUGGAGAGCAAGGUGAACUGAGCUGUGGCUGGGCCCAUCUCAAACUGUUUGAUGACAAUGGCAGCCCUAUUGCAAACAAGUCCUAUGACUGUACACUAAACGGUGGUACUCCCUAUGAGAAGGGAGUGGAGGUAGACCCUGCAGUAUCCAGAACAGCAAGUGGUAGUCGCUUUAAGUCACUGCUGACAGCCAAUAAACAGCCUCAUCUCAUGGUGAAGGUUGGAACUCCCAACAAAGAGAGAAAAGACAUCUUAGACAUGUUGCCGGACACACUAGUAAGUAGUGUGCACUAUGCAGAGUUCACAGCGUACUAUCGACAGAUCCUAGCUGACACUCUGCUAAAGGACAGGCUGAACAUGUACACUGCAGAUCUCAUUCACAGCCCUGUGCUGGCCCAGUUUCCCAAAGCCAUCAUGCAGACAGACAUCAUGGAUGCCAUCAGAAGUGCCUGGGGUGAGAAAAUGAAAACCCUGAAAAAAGCAAACAAGCGUGACAGUGAGCAGAUGAAGGGCCUGUUUACCCAGGUGUUUGUGGAGACGGCCUAUGCCCUGCUGUUUUCCUCCUCACUCCCUGAGUACAAGUGGUGGGACAUGUCAGUCAUGGAUGCAAGGUGGAAGGAAAUCUCCAAGUUCUUAAAGAAGAACCAACAGAAGGGUGGACUUGCCUCCCUUCUUUCUCCCGACUCCCUCCACGAACCAUUCAACAUUGCAGAGGUCAGCUUUGACCUCUUGUCAACAAACUGUACGACAUAACACGUUUAGGUAAUGGAAAGCAAGUUUAGUAAAGUUCAAUCAAAGUCUAUAUUCAUAGGAAGCCUUUUUAUUAGUGUGUAAGUACUAGAACCUGUUGUAGAAUUCACAUUUCAAGUGCCCUCUUCAAUAGACUGAAAUAAUUUUGAGACUAUUCUAUUGCAGUUAUAAGUGUUACACUCUUUUUCUUCUCUUUUGUCAUUAGCAUUCCUGACAUAAAGAUGUCUUACAUUGUGGACUGUUUGAUAAUGUAUUAUUUUGUGUCUAUUUUAUUUAGCCCAAAUGAUGACCUAGUCAUUCAGAACCACUGUUGAAAGCAAAUAGUUUUGAGUUGAUCAGGUUUAAAGUUUACUGAUUUUGCUGUAAUAUGAUUUACCAGUCUCUGACUGAUACACAAGCUGUAUAAUUAGAAAAGUUUUUCCAUAUAGCUGCAGUUACCGUGAAUCCAUCUUAGCAAAUACGACUGCUGUUGGUACAAUUUACUCUGACUUGCAGCCUGUUAUAAACCUUUUAUUGGAUGAAACUUAAGGUUGUAGACUUGUGACUACUAUAUGUAUUUUUCUAAUAAAAGU